CAGUGACGCUGCCUCCAGGAACAGCAGCCCCGAGACUGGGCUUCCGAGUGCCAUGCUGGUGCUGGUGUCGGUGUACCACUGCCUUUGAGACCCAGUACCUGUCACUUUCAUCCCCUCUCUGGCCACAGGUCCCCUGGGAGGCCCCAUGAUGCUCAGAGGCCGCCCGUCUGGGGUCCCUGGGGGACCUAGCAGCUGGCAGACACGGUCGGCCCGGGGGGCUCUCAUGGCCUGCGUGACCCUGUCGCUGCUGCUGUCCCCGUCGCAGGUCGUGGUGCAGGCCACGCUGGAUGGCAACUCCAGCCCAGUGGACUUCGUGAACGGGCCGGCGCUGUUCGAGGUCCCUCUGUCCCUGCAAGGCAUGCGGGGCUACCUGACUGAGGCCAGGCCAGCCAACGUGUGCCAGUCCACCGAGAGCCCAUGGCCGGGGAACAACGGCUCGCUGGAUGCCAUCGCCCUCCUCCGGCGCUACAACUGCACCUCCAACCUCAAGGUCCUGCACGCCCCGCGCGCCGGCUUCCAGGCGGCCAUCGUGCACAACGUGGGAUCCGCCGAGCUGGUGCGCGCGGCGCCCGUCUCUGAGGCCCUGCGGCGGCAGAUCGCCAUCCCCGCCGUGGGCGUGGGCGAGGCUGCCUCCCAGGACCUGCGCGUCAUCCUGCGCUGUGACAAGCCGGCCCACGUGGUGCUGCUGCCCAAAGCCCCGGCCUGCCCCGACCCGCACAGCCACCCCUCGCUGGCCGUCGCCUGGACGCUGGGCCACAGCCUGGCCUUGGCGGUCGGCGCCUUCCUGCUCCUGCGGCGCCUGGGGCUCUGGGCGCGCGGCUGGUGGCACCGGGCGUCAUCGGUGAAGACGCAGACGCGGCAGAAGGCGCAGGUGAGGGUCUACACGCGCCACAGCGACCUGUGCGCCAUCUGCCUGGACCAGUAUGAGGAGGGCGACGAGCUCAAGAUCCUGCCCUGCUCGCACGCCUACCACCGCGGCUGCAUCGAUCCCUGGCUUGCCCAGGCCCCCCACCGCGCCUGUCCGCUGUGCAAGCGGCCGGUGGCCAGCUCCGAGGACGGCUCCGACUCCACCGCGGAGAGCCUUUUUGGUGAUGAGGGUCCCGGGGCCCCCAUCUGGGCCAUCCAGGAGCGGCUGCGACCCCGGGCGCCCAGGCUGCUGGCCAGGGUCCCCCUGCGACCCCGCUGCAGCACCACAUUCCUGGGGGUGCCCGAGGGCACAGCAUCCCCUCUAGGACCCCCGAGGGCCUCCUGAUGCCCAAGCUCCGGGCUGGACAGGACCCGGGGUGUGG